GGAGCAGCUUCCCCGGGCACCCUGCACCAUGGCAGAGCCUUCGCUGCCCCUCUCCUUCCUCUGCCUCCUCGCCCUGUCCUCCGCCUGCUACAUCCAGAACUGCCCGCGGGGCGGGAAGCGGGCGCUGGCCGACACAGCUCUGCGACAGUGCAUGCCCUGCGGUCCCGGCAACAGAGGGAACUGCUUCGGGCCCGGCAUCUGCUGCGGCUCGGAGCUCGGCUGCUACCUGGGCACGGCGGAGACGCGGCGCUGCGCCCAGGAGGAUUUGCUGCCCUCGCCCUGCCAGCCCGCCGGGCAGCCCUGCGGAGCCGGGGGCCGCUGCGCCGCGCCCGGCAUCUGCUGCAGCGCCGAGACGUGCGCCAUGGACACCGGCUGCCUGGACGAGGGCAGCGAGGGCGCUCAGGAGGCGGCGGAGGAGAAGAACCUGACGGUGCUGGAUGGCUCGGCCGGAGAUCUGCUCCUCAAGCUCAUGCACUUGGCAAACCGGCAGCAGCAGCAGCAGCAGCAGCAGGGCAAGCACCCCCUGCUCUGAGCCAGGGCGUGGGGAGUCCCCCCAUCCCUGACAGACCCCCCCAGCUCGGCUCUGUACAUACCAGACCCAAUAAAAGCCCUCGUGCACUGUG